AUGAUGGGUUUCAAACGUCUUACCUGUACGCUUGAGCAAUGCCAAAAUCUUAUGCACCCGAACUAUCGUGAUCUCACCGUGGCUGCAGAGGGCAAUAAGAAAAGGGAGAAGGAGCCGCAUCAGACAGAACCUGAAGAGGAACAGCAGGAAGAGGGGCAGCAACGACACCCAUCGUCACCAUCUCCCUCAUCGUCUCCGCCACCACCACUAGUAGCGGCAGCAGAAUCAUCAGUAGUAGUAGCGGGAGCAGCAAAAUCACCGUACAGAGAGGGCGGUGGUCUAGCAGGAAAGGACGAGACCGAACAAGUUUCGGCAAAAACCGCUUCGGCGCCGGCUACACCAUCGGGAGUUUCAUGGCUGGCCGAGAAGGCGAUCGUGUUGGUCCGAUUUUCUGAAUGCUUUCGUCGAGGUCGGGUCAUCCGCUACGAUGCAGAAUUAAACAUGUGUGUGGUACAGCUAGACUUCACCAACACCGUCGUGAACAAGGGCAUCGAGGACAUCUUCCCCGACGAUCCCUCUAUCAUCGCAGCUGCCACGGCUGCCGAGGCGCUGAAAAGGGAGCAGAAGACUCCCCCAGCUGGUUCCACUAGACCUCCAGGCUUUUCAUCCUCUGAUGUCCCUUGCCCUAGCUCAGCACCUCCGUUUAUACCUGAGGGCAACAAUGCCAGUUCGAAGGGCUGA